AGAAAAACUCUAGUUGUGCGAUGCGGCUUUAAAAGGGCUGGUGAUUGACAGAAUGUGUAGCAGUGGAUGGGGUGGAGCCGCUGGGUGGGGUCUGGGACAGGCAGCUGGGAGAAACCAAAAGGAAGAAAAAAGAAUUUCAUUGCCCCUGAUAUCCCAAAGCUGAGCGAGGGAAGCUAGCUAGAAAGGGUGGGAACACCUCCACUCCCACCACAGGCUAAUUCUCUCACACUCUACUGUCUUCUCUUAAGAUAAUUAAAAUCGAAUGUAGACCGGCACUAGUCGGUUCCCAUUCCCUAUAACUCUCCACUGAACUAGGUUUGUAGUCCGAGGGAGUGAGGACCCCGGAUCCACCAGCUCAAUCCCGGCCCCGCCCCGUCGGCCUUGGCCCGGGGCUGGGAGGAGAGAAUGCCUUCGGAGGCGCAGAAUCCGAAACAUUGAUUAUUCCCAAUCUGGAGGCCACCAUCCAUAGUGGGACAACAUCCUUCUUGGGACACCACAUUAUCAAGUUCCUCUCAGCCUGCAAGUCAUUCUCUGACAGAAGAACAUCAGAAGGAGUAAAAUGGAAGGUCUGAAGACAAAAGAAGGCUUUGAUGAAGCUACUUUGAAACCCCAUACUGGUGAUUUCAUUCACACUGUCACACAGUGCCCUGAACCAACCUGCAUGAACCUGGAAGAAACUAGGUGAAGUCGAGGACACAAAGAGGAUUAGUGAGCAUCCUGCCUGAGAAGACACCGUGACCUCGCUGUCCUUGCUGGUGUCACACGUUACCAUGGAGAGCUAGGAGGGAAGGCGCUGGGGUGUGCGGCGGCAACCGCGGUGGUGAAGGGAUCCUCUCGUGGUAUCUCCUCGUGGGGAACGUUCCUGUCUUGAAUGAUUCCUUCUCCGCCUCAACUUUGUGUUCAAGUAGUGUUUUGAGGUUUGGGGUGGUUUUUUUUUUUUAGCCCCCACUCCCGGCCCUCUCCUUUUCAAGGGUGUGCGGAGUUCAGAGGAUGGGUGGAGAGUGGGCUUGGCCGGAACUAAAUUGGUGGAGGUAAAAGGGGAACGGAGGAUCUUCGGCAUUGGCCCUUUCGGCCCAGCGAACCCACUUUAUUUUUAGCCGAGGAAAAGCUGCAGGGGGAGGAUUCUUUUUAGAAAGUCUGCUCUGCCGGCCCUGAUUUUUGGGUUGGAUGCUUGAGAGCUUUGUUUCCCUUGUUUUGAGGGUGGCCCAGCUGGGUCUGAAUCGACUCCCUCCCUUUUCGCCUUCCUCCCCAUUUUCCAGCCAGGAGAAAAAGGGGAGGUGGGGGGCCGAGAAAGAGAAGGCAAGAGCUAGUCGCCUGGCGCGCUGUCAGACAGGGGCGGGUGUGAGGGGAACAGCUGUCUUGCGAUCAGCUCAGGGGUAUGAACCUCCUGGAGGACGGCAUGAGCUCCGGACACUUCAGGAGUCCUCAGCUAGAGACAUGGGCGAUAUGGAUCAACUCAUAAACAACUUGGAAGUCCAGCUUAAUUCUGAGGGUGGCUCAAUGCAGGUAUUCAAACAGGUCACUGGUCCUGUUCAGAUCAGAGAUCCCGCUGAGACAGCAGACGGAAGUAAUAUGGCAUCUCCACCACUCCUGGAUGCCAACCCCAUGGAGAACCCAGCCCUAUUUAAUGAUAUCAAGAUUGAGCCCCCAGAAGAACUUCUAGCUAAUGAUUUCAACCUGCCCCAGGUGGAACCAGUUGACCUCUCCUUUCACAAACCCAAGGCUCCUCUCCAGCCUGCUAGCAUGUUGCAAGCUCCAAUACGUCCUCCCAAGCCACUGUCUGCUCCCCAGGGCCUUGUGGUGUCCACUUCAACAUCUGAAACGAGCACUUCAGCAAACAUCCCUACUAUUCUGACUCCAGGCUCUAUCUUGGCCUCCUCUCAGGGGACUGGUGGCCAGCAGAUAUUGCAUGUGAUUCACACCAUCCCCUCAGUCAGUCUGCCAAAUAAAAUGGGAGGACUGAAAACCAUACCAGUGGUGGUGCAGUCCCUGCCUAUGGUGUAUACCAGUUUGCCUACAGAUGGGGGCCCUGCUGCCAUUACAGUCCCACUCAUUGGAGGAGAUGGCAAAAAUGCUGGAUCAGUGAAAGUUGACCCCACCUCCAUGUCUCCAUUGGAGAUUCCAAGUGACAGUGAAGAGAGUGCAAUUGAGAGUGGAUCCUCAGCCUUACAGAGUCUGCAGGGACUCCAGCAAGAACCAGCAACAAUGGCCCAAAUGCAGGGGGAAGAGUCACUUGACUUGAAGAGAAGACGGAUUCACCAAUGUGACUUUGCAGGAUGCAGCAAAGUGUACACCAAAAGCUCUCACCUGAAAGCUCACCGCAGAAUCCAUACAGGAGAGAAGCCUUAUAAAUGCACCUGGGAUGGCUGCUCCUGGAAAUUUGCUCGCUCAGAUGAGCUCACCCGCCAUUUCCGGAAGCACACAGGCAUCAAGCCCUUCAGGUGUACAGACUGCAACAGAAGCUUUUCUCGCUCUGACCACCUGUCCCUGCACCGCCGGCGCCAUGAUACCAUGUGAACUCCUUAGGCUACACUAGAGGAGCUGCACUGGUUUCUUUCCUGUGUGUAUGCUGAGGUCAAGACCAUAUCUUCCUCUUUGACUUCAACUUGCCUCUGUGAUGGGGUUGGAGGAUCCUACUGAGCCAGGUUGAGGAGACUGGAGAGAAAAAUAGCUGGUCUCCCAUAGGGCUCUUCAUAUUCCACUUUCACCUCUCCACUGUCCAGACUUCAGUUUUUUCAACCUCCGCAUGGGUUGAAUUCCAGUGCGGCACCCAUGGCUGCCCCUGCCCCAAUACCCCUUCCCUGAAAUAGACAUUUUUCCUACAAUAACAGAACAGGAAUCAAACUCAAGGCUGUGAACAAACAUACGCUGCUUUUCCCUCUAUUUUUUCUCUUGUUUUCUAUAACUUUUAUCCAUAUCCAUAUAUAUAUAUAUAUAUGCAUAUAUAUGUGUGUGUAUGUGUAUACAUAUACACACACAUAUAUAUUUUUAAUCAGUACUUAAAGGCAUUUGGUGGUGUCCUAAAAUGACUUUUCUCAAGUACCUAGAUGGGGGAGCAUAAGAAUGUAGUGGAUUGGUAAGAUUUACAGGAAUUUUGGUCCUAAGUAUAGGGCACAUUCUCAGUAAAUAAGGUGAAUCUCACACCAAAAGUAAAAGUUUUAUAAAUCCAAUUCAAUUUCUUCUUACAGUUUGGUUUUCAGAGAGUCCUGGUGCUUCUUAAGUCCAUCAAAAGGAAUGAAGAGAUCUUCUUGUCCUUUCCUCUUUUUCCUCCUGCUCCUUUAAGAUUCAAGAUUUUGUGGCACAGUUAUAUUCUUUGUUAGGUUAAAUUUGGACAAAUAUUCAAAGCACACAAAGACAGGUCAGUAGGGAGAAAGGUGUUCCAGGAAAAUAUGUUGGGCAGUGACAGGAACAAGAAGUCCUGGGACAAUCCUGAAAACAAAUAGAAGGUGACUUUAAUUUGGAAAGAAUAUUAAAAGUGCUGUCAAUCACAAACCUCAUUCAAAUGCCAGCCUGUUGAGACAGUGUCUUGAGGGGCUUCACUGUACUGUUUAUUCUUUUGUUUACAUAAAGCAACUAUUCAGUAUAAUACAUGAUGAGAAAUCACACUGAGGCCAUGUUAUACAGAGGUGAGGGGUUGGAAGAAAGGAAUUGUGUUUACUUCAUGGCAUUAUUGACAUUCAUUCCUGUGUUUUGAAUGGAAUAUAAGGGGCUUUUGUGAAAACUAACAUACAAAAAGCAAUUUGACGUUUUAUGACUGCAUGACCAUCUAAGCCAUUUCUUUUGGCCCAUUACAGCAGGUUGCAAAAUUCACAUUUGGUUGCCCAAUCAGACUGUUUCAUGAUAUUCUCUGGGGCAUGAAACCCCCUGUUCCUGGCCCUGGACCUCAAAUCUACCUCCACAUAGCAUAUUUCCUCUCCCAGAAUGAGGGGAAGAGGGCUUUGUAUCAAUUGAAUUGGUCUCAGCCUCUCUCCUAAAGGUUAUCUUCAUUUUGAACCCUUUUUCCUUGGCAGAUAUUCAACCAGUCCCUGUCUGAAUACUUUAGGUUACUACCUCCUGAGGCUGUUCAUACUAAGUCAGAUUUCUAGCAUCAAGAAGGGAUCCUUUUAGCUAUCCAGUCCUACCCAUCCCUCGUAUUUUACAGAUAAGACAAAUACGGGUCAGAUUUUUUUCUCCAGAUGUUUCCUUGAGGCCUUAUAGACCUGCACACUCAUUCUCCCAGGGAUCACAUUAUUAAACCAAAUUAAAGACAGUUUUAUGUGGUUGGUUGCAAUAUUCGUCCAAUUUUAUAUGUUAUACUUCAAAAAAUAUUUACACCACUCCAAAAUAAUUUAUAGUUGAUGACAUAGUAAGUAAAAUGUGCUUGUGGUCCUUGCCAUAUAACAUUAGGCUCACAGUUUUUCUAUUGUAGCACUUUUAUAAUAUCUAGAUUUUAUUUACCUCAUUUCAACUUGCAAUGUCUUUCUAGACCAUAAACUCUCCAUAAAUUUAAGACUGCUUGUAUUUUUCAAAAUGACAUGUAGGUUUUUACUAUUAUCAUUCUUAUUUUGAUAUGGGCUUUUUCCUGACUUUUGGUGUGCAAGUUCCAAACUGUAUAUUAAUUACUAAAGCACUAGGAAAUAUCUAGAGCCAUUCUGUUCAUGGAGACAUCUAUGUAGCUGUAAAACAGGUUGGCAGAGGUAGAUUACCAUCAUACAUAGAUUUAAGCUUAGGAUUGAGUAGUUGGUACAGUAUUUCACAGUAGAGCCCAAGGGCAUACUCAUUUUCUCCACAGUUUGGAUCCUAGGAUUCCUUUUCCAGAGUUCAGACCUGACCUGUACCCUUUAGACCUCAGGAUCAUUUGCAUUGGGACAUUUGGUUUAUUUCUAAAUAAAGUCUAUCAAACAUAGGAUGAUCAAAUUAGGAUCCCAAAUAUUGGUGUCCCUGACAUCCCUGAGACUAUUCUAAAAUUUUUCUGAAAGUAAUGAGAGAUUUUGUUAAUUGUCUUUACUCAAGAAGCAAAUUUAACCCUAUUCUCAUUGCUCUUUCUUCUCAAAAAAAUGGAAUAAAAUAUUUCCAAUUACAUAAACUUUAAGAAAUGUGUCAAGAUUCAUGAAAGGAAUUUUCAUAGAGUACAUGUGUUCAAAUACACUACACAACAGAGUCACUGCACCAAAAGCUCAUAAAACUUUGCUACAUAGACAGUGAGGUAGAAAGGAACUAAAAUGUAUCUCUCUUGGGUAGUAUUUGGGGUUUAAUUAAAUUUGAUGUGCUUAUACCAGCUAAGCACUGUUAGUGUGACAGUUACCUAGGACAUGGAAAUAACUUUAUCUGAUAGUUGGAUAAUAUCCUGGAAUUUGUUACAGUGGAAUUCCUCCAUCUGUAUAAGAUUGGCAGGUAAACAUAACUUUUGAUAAUUAUGAUUAUAAAAUUUAGGGAAAAGUAUGAGGAAUAUGAACUGGUUGGACAGAUUAGGUGAAGUGGGUUAUAGGUAGAAACUUUUUUAAAAUAAAUUUUCCAUUUUGGAACAUUCUCAGAUUUAUAGAAAAGUUGUGAAAAUAGAGUUCCCUAUACUACACAUCUAAUUUCCUCAGUUACUAAUAUCUUGCAUUAGUAUUGUACAUUUGCUACAAUUAAUGAAAAAAUUACAUUAAUAUUAACUAAAGUUUAUACUAUAUUUGGAUUUCCUUCGUUUUUAACUAAUAUUCUCUUUCUGUUUCAGCAUCCCAUUCAAAAUACCAUGUUACAUUUAAUAAUCAUAUCUCCUUAGGUUUCCUCUUGGUUGCGACAGUUUCUCAGAUUUACCCUUCAAGGUCAUUUUUAGUGUGCUUGGCAAUUUUGAAGAGUAUGUUCUUCAAUUGGGAUUUAUUUGAUGUUUUUCUCCUGAAGAGAUGGGGAUAAUGCAUUUUAAGAGGAAGAUCACAAAGGCGAAGUGCUAUUUUCAUCACAUGAUAUUUACAUGACUUAUGACUCUUAACCUUGAUGAACUGGCUGAGAUUGUAUUUAUCAGGUUUCUCCCAUAUACUUUUUCCUCCCUUCCGUACUUUACUCUUUGAAAGGAAGUCACUAUGUGUAGCCCAUACUUACAGAGUGGUGAGUUAUGUACCACAUCCUUUAGAACAAGUAUCUACAUAAAUUAUUUAGAAUUCUUUUGCAUGGGUGAUUUGUCUCUUCAUUUAUUUAUUUAUACAAUCAUUUAUUUAUAUCAGCAUGGUCUUGGAUAUUUAUCUUAUACUUUUACAUAAUAAUCCAAUGCUAGUUUAUUUAUUUUGUAACUCAAAUUGUUCUGACUUUGGCCAUUGGGAGGUCUUUUGGGUUGACUCCCAAGUCCUUUUGACAUAUGCCCAUCACUUUUUAAGAAUGUCCUUACUUUCUGGCACUGCAAAAUAUUCCAGUCUCAUUAUUUUGUAUAUUUUUAGGUCCACUCCUGUAAUCAGCCAUUUCAUCAAGGAAUCCUGGUUCCUUUUACUAUCCAAUUGUAUUAGAAACCCAGAUCUGGGCAUUAGGUAUGCUUGCUGCUACUAGGGUAUUGUUGCUUCGAGGCCUUCUCAGCUGACAGAGCAAGGAAAUAUAUGUGUGUAUACUAUCCUAUGUAUAUACACAUCUAUAAAUAUUUCUGGAUGUAAUUAUCCUUAUCUGUUUAGCUCUAUCUAAGUUGAUAUUGAUGUCUGCAACCCUAAUCCAUUAUUAUAUGAAUUAAUCUAGCUUUUUUCCCUUACUUAUCUGUAGCCUCUCAUUCUAACGGUGAAAAACAUGGCUCCCAACUUAUGCCCUCUAUUUACUUAAUUGUUCAAUUUCAGUAUAUACACAUAUAACAUUAUCUGAAUUCUUAACCUAGACACCCAUGGGAAACACCAUUAUCAACUAGAACCCAGUGCUUAUAUACAUAAUAGUAACAUUUUCAGCAUUCCAACAAUUCUUUGAAACAAAGUAGUGUGCAACAUUCUGAAAUUAGAGAUUUCUGUGAUCAGAGUUCUAAGAAUCUGGAGUCUCUCCUGUCCCCAGAAAGUUUUCUAAUGUACUUUGGUAAAAGAAAUUCCAUUGGGAAUUGACCUAACCUUGAAUAAACCAAGGGAAUUUAAUGAUCUUUCAUAGUAUGCUAAUUCCUGCAUGAGGUACUAUAGAGAGAUGGACACAAAAGAAACUGGGUGGGCCCAAUUUAAAGAAACCACACUAUCUUUUCUCAUAGCUAAAUAUGGCUCUCUGACAAUGAGGUGCUACCCUAAGUUGCCUCUCCAUAUUUUUCCCACUCUCUUACAUGGUUGACCUUAGGCAAGUGACAUCACCUCUGUGCCUCAGUUAACCCAUCUGCAAAAUGGGAAUCCAAGUAUCUACCUCACAGGAAUGUUGUGAGGCUUCUCCUUAAUAGAUGUUGGCAAAAAUGACGAGAUAUCUCUAAAUGAACAACUCAGUAUUAUAAGCAUUACUAUAAUGAUAAUUAUCGUACCCUAUAUUUACCCUAUGAAAAGAUCUUCUAGGUGAUAAAGAGCUAAAUUUGAUCCAGUAAGAAAGAUAAUUGAAGAGUAACCACUAGAAGCAAUAUUAUUUCUUGUUCUCACUGUCCCUAUAUUUUCUUGGUUACUAACUAUAGGAUUAUCAAUUGUUUCUAGACUUGAAACAUAAUAGAUAUAAUAGGUAUAUUCCAUUAUUUCAAAGCUAUAUUUUCCCCCUUUCUUAUUCUGCCUGGACUGUAUUACAUGUCACCCUGUCAGAAGCACAAAGGCAGUUUCUCAAAGCCUUUCCCUCAGUCUUUGGUCAGUUCAUUUUCACUAAUUACAUUUUUCUCUUUCUCCACUUACUGUAUUCUAUAAACAGUAAAGGUAGGAGGGAUGUGGGGUGGGGUGUUUGGGGCGGGAAUGGGAUGGGAAAGGAUGAAAUUCAUAUCAGUCGCAGGAUAUUUCUGUGUUUUUCAAACACUGGUUUCACUUUCCAUGGUGGGCUGGGGUCAGGGGAAGAGAUACUAUUUUGUUAACUGUUAAGCUCUCCUUCCCUUCUAUAGAUGUUUCCUAGGGUCAGUACAAGUAGCUUUGUUGGACAUUACUUUAUGACUAUGUUGUAUGCAGUGCUGUUUUCAUUGUAUUCCUGAAAAAAAAAAGAUGAAGAGAGUCCCUAGUGGUGUUUAUCCCUGUUUUUUGA